AUGACAACCCUCAAGCGUCACAACUCGGCCUUUGUCGUCAAGAGGGAUGGGCGCAAAGAGGACGUACACUUCGACAAGAUCACAUCGCGAAUCCAGAAGCUCAGCUAUGGGCUGAACCAGGACUUCGUCGAGCCGGUGCUCGUCGCACAAAAGGUGAUCGCCGGCAUGUACAAGGGCGUGUCGACGGUCGAGCUCGACAACCUGGCCGCCGAAACGGCCGCGUCGCUCACCACCGAGCACCCCGACUACGCGAUCUUGGCCGCUCGGAUCGCCGUCUCGAAUUUGCACAAGCGGACCACCAAGAUCUUCUCCGAAGUGAUCGACAAAAUGUACAAGCAUCACAACCCGACGACCGGGGCGCCGGCUCCGAUGAUCUCAGACGAGACCCACGCCGUCAUCAUGAAGCAUGCUGAUCGGUUAAAUUCUUCCAUCAUCCACGACCGCGACUUCUCCUACACGUACUUCGGAUUCAAGACGCUCGAGCGCUCCUAUUUGCUGAAGAUUAACAACGAGGUCGUCGAACGCCCACAGCAUAUGAUCAUGAGGGUGGCUGUCGGGAUUCACGGUGACGACAUCGACUCGGCCCUGGAGACUUACAAUCUCAUGAGCGAUCGAUACUUUACGCAUGCCACGCCGACUCUUUUCAACUCGGGAACCCGCCGCGCCCAGCUAUCUUCGUGCUUUUUGCUGAUGAUGCAGGACGACUCGAUUAACGGGAUCUACGAAACAUUGAAACAGUGCGCCCUGAUCUCCAAGUCCGCCGGCGGUAUCGGGCUCAACGUGCAUAACAUCCGCGCCAACGGCAGUGCCAUCGCCGGCACGAAUGGGCACUCGAACGGGCUGGUGCCGAUGCUGCGCGUCUUCAACAACACGGCUCGUUACGUCGACCAAGGGGGCAACAAGCGGCCGGGAGCUUUUGCCAUCUACUUAGAGCCGUGGCACGCUGAUAUCUUUGAGUUCAUCUCGCUCCGCAAAAACACUGGCCCCGAAGAAGAGCGUGCCCGUGAUCUCUUCUACGCCCUCUGGGUCCCCGAUCUCUUCAUGAAGCGCGUCGAAAAGGACCAAAACUGGUCACUGAUGUGCCCGGCCGAAUGCCCCGGUCUCAGCGACUGCUGGGGCGAGAAGUUCGAGGCGCUCUACAUCAAGUACGAGCAGGAGGGCCGAUUCCGCAAGCAGAUCCGCGCCCGAAAGCUCUUCGAGCACAUCGUCAGCAGCCAGAUCGAGACCGGGUUGCCUUAUAUGUUGUACAAAGAUGCCUGCAACGGCAAGUCAAACCAGCAGAAUUUGGGCACGAUCAAGUGCUCCAACCUGUGCACCGAGAUCGUCGAGUAUACCAGCCAUGAUGAGAUUGCCGUCUGCAACCUGGCCUCGAUUGCUCUGAACCGCUACGUCACUCCGGAUCACAAGUUUGAUUUCAACAGCCUCCAUGCCGUCACCAAGGUGGUCACCCGGAACUUGAACAGAAUCAUUGACAUCAACUACUACCCGGUCAAGGAGGCCGAGAACUCCAACAUGCGCCACCGCCCGAUUGGAAUUGGUGUUCAGGGACUCGCAGACGCCUUCAUGCUCAUGCGCUACCCGUUCACUUCGCCGGAAGCCCGCGAUCUCAACCGACGGAUCUUCGAAACCAUCUACCACGCCGCUCUCGAGGCUAGCUGCGAACUCGCCGAGCGUGAUGGCCCCUACCAGACCUACGCCGGCAGCCCGAUGAGCAAUGGACAGCUCCAGUUCGACCUUUGGAACGUCAUCGCCACCGACCAGUGCGACUGGACGACGCUGCGCGAGAAGAUCCAGAAGCACGGCAUCCGCAAUUCGCUGCUCGUCUCCCCGAUGCCAACCGCCUCCACCGCUCAGAUCCUCGGCAACAACGAGUCGAUCGAGCCCUACACCUCAAACAUCUACUCUCGUCGUGUGCUGUCCGGAGACUUCCAGAUCGUCAACCCGCAUCUGCUGAAGGACCUUGUCGAGCUGAACCUGUGGUGCCCGGAGAUGAAGAUGCAAAUGAUCGCCAACCACGGGUCGAUCCAGAAGAUCCCCGGCAUCCCGGACCACAUCAAGGAGCUGUACAAGACGGUGUGGGAGAUCAAGCAGAAGGAGAUUAUCGAGAUGGCGGCCGAUCGAGGUGCCUACAUCGACCAGUCGCAGUCGCUGAACAUCCACAUUGCCCAACCGAACAUGGCCAACAUCACCUCGAUGCACUUCUUCGGGUGGAAGCAGGGUCUCAAGACGGGCAUGUACUACCUGCGCACCAAGCCCGCCGUCAACCCCGUCCAGUUCACCGUCGACAAGCAGGCGAUGAAAGAUAAGGAAAACCUCGACCGGAAAGCCGCCGAGACCAAGGCUGCAGCCGCUGACGACGAUGAGGGAUGCCUCAUGUGCUCCGGA